GGAAGAAAACCAAAGUUCAUCAUCUCUUGGUGAAAUCUUUUUUUUUUUUUUUUUUUACUUGCCUCGAGAACCCGUAUAUAUCUUAUACAAAUUUUCGAUUUUGUUUUCUUUCUCAGACUCUCUCCCUACCUCGGGUAUACAUCAAAUUACUGGUUGCGCCGAUCUCAUAAAGACUUAUAACCUUGUCAGAACCGUGGGCGUCCCGUCUUUACUUACCCAACCCUCUUACCUACCGGGGACUUUGUCGACAAACGAUGGCGGCCUCGAUACUCCCCGGCCUGCUCUCAGGUGCCGCAUUUGGUGCAUCCUUGACGGGUGCAGGAGUAUAUCAGCCGUCUGUCAUCAUGGGACAGCUUGAGCUGGAAGACUUUCACAUGUUGCAAACCUUGCUUACGGCCACGGCUGGGAGUGCUGUACUUGCAUCCCUGCUCCAGGGCCUGGGGUACGUGAAGCUCAGCCCCCGCAGCUUCUCCUCGUUCAACCUCCUCGGCUCGGCAGACGCCAAUUUCGUCGGCGGCGCCCUUCUCGGAGGCGGCAUGGCCCUGGCCGGUUCCUGCCCAGGAACGGUGGCGGCGCAGAUCGGGCUAGGCAUACCGUCGGGAUACUGGACGUUCGUGGGCGGUGUGGCGGGCGGCAUCGUCUGGACGGGGUUCGUGCGGCCGUGGAUGGCCCGUCGCAACGCCCAGGAGGGCGCCAAGACGGCCGGCAAGAAGCCGUGCCUGACGGUCCACGAGUGCGUCGGGGUCAGCCCACGGGUCGGGCUGGUCGUCUUUGAGGCGCUGGCCGCUGCCGCCAUAGGGGCGGCACUGAACGUCAAGACUCUGAGCGCCAACGGCACCCGGCAUAUCGAACCGGUAGUGGGCGGGUUGCUGAUCGCCGGUGCGCAGCUCGUCUCGCUGCUCAUUCGCAGGUCCAUGGUGGGCACCUCGACCGUCUUUGACGAGCUCGGCGAGCUUUUCUGGUGGGCUGUUUCCGGUGGGCAGAGGCCCAAGUCGAUGAGUGCGCUGGCUUUCGUCACUGGCAUCAUUCUUGGAUCUGCCACCCUGGCGCGGGCGUUUCCCACGGCUCUAGCUGGCACGGGAUUCAGCGAUGUGUCGGCCACCAGGGCCGCGCUGGGCGGCUUCGCCAUGGCCAUCGGGUCCAGGGUCGCGGGCGGCUGCACGGCGGGCCAUGGUAUCAGCGGCAUGUCUCUCAUGUCGGUGUCGAGCAUAAUAACGGUCGCUUCGAUGUUUAUCUCUGGUAUUGUGGUCACCAAAGCGUUGUCUUUUUGAGUCCGAGUUGGGCAAGCUGCAGUCUGUGUCAAACUAAAUAUACCCCCGCCUCUUAGCCUCCAUGACCACGUCAUGUUGUCAAAAUGGCGCCGUGUGGUACUUACGAGAGCAUAAAAUCAUUUGUAACUAAUAAAAUAAUGCGCCAACGAUCCAGCCUCUGCGAAACCCAUAAAUCUGUACAACGAA